GUUCCAUGUGUUUCAGGAUCAUCCUACAUCCUGUCCUGUUAUUUCACUAACUGGGCACAGUACCGUCCUGGAGCAGGAAAGUACCUACCCACCAACAUUGACCCAUGUCUCUGUGACCACCUCAUCUAUGCCUUUGCAUCAAUGGACAACAACAUGAUCAAGACCUAUGAGUGGGACGAUGAAAAACUCUACGGACAGUUCCAGGCCCUGAAGAACCAGUUCACAGCCAUGGUGUCUAGUGCUGCCAAUCGUCAGACCUUCACCAACAGUGUGAUCCAGUUUCUGCGUCAGUACCAGUUUGACGGUCUGGAUAUUGACUGGGAGUUCCCCGGCUCUCGUGGCUCCCCACCUCAGGAUAAGCAGCUCUUCACUACUCUGGUUCAGGAGAUGAUGAGUGCCUUUGAGGCAGAGGCUAAGAAGACCAACCGUCCCCGCCUGAUGCUGACUGCUGCUGUCUCUGCUGGAAAGGCCGCCAUUGACACUGGAUACCAGAUUGCCCAGAUUGGAACGGUCUUGGACUACAUCCACGUCAUGUCCUACGACUUCCACGGCUCCUGGGAGCACACUGUUGGAGAGAACAGCCCUCUGUAUAAGGGACCCGCUGACCAGGGACAAAUGAUCUACUUCAAUGUGGACUAUGCUAUGAACUACUGGAAGAGCAGUGGUGCCCCAGCUGAGAAGUUGCUGGUUGGUUUCGCCACCUAUGGCCACAACUUCCGCCUGGCUUCCUCUAAUACUGCUGUGGGAGCUCCCGCCAGUGGUCCUGGACCUGCUGGACCCUUCACUCGUCAGGCUGGCAUCUGGGCCUACUAUGAGAUCUGCACUUUCCUGAAGCAAGGCGCCACCCAGGCUUGGGACACCCCCCAGGAUGUGCCAUAUGCCUACAACAACGGUGUCUGGGUUGGAUAUGACAAUGAGAAGAGCUUCCAGAAUAAGGUUCAGUGGUUGAAGCAGAGUGGUUUUGGAGGAGCCAUGGUGUGGACUUUGGACCUGGAUGACUUCAGUGGAACUUUCUGUGGCCAGGGAAAAUAUCCUCUGAUCAACACUCUCAAGAGUGGACUGGGAACUGGAGCUUCCUGCAGUGCUCGUACUGACCCCCUGCCUCCAGUCGCACCCACCAAGCAGGUUCAGCCCCAGCCCCAGCCCCAGCCUGGCGGUGGUGGUAGCAGUGGAGGAUCUGGCUUCUGCGCUGGCAAGGCUAAUGGACUCUACCCAGACCCAACCAACAAGAACAGCUUCUAUGAGUGCCAGCAGGGACAAACCUACACCCAGCACUGUGCCGCUGGCCUGGUGUACGAUAGCAGCUGCAAGUGCUGCAACUGGGCUUAA